CGGAAAAAUCGUAAAAGAGAGCGAACUCUUCGCUCCUCUCCAUUUCUCUCUCUAGGGUUGCACUUCCUUCGCUCUUCCUUGAUUCUUUCUCCCGCUCUCUCCCUCCCCCCACUCUAGGCUUUCGGGUGCUCCGGUUUUCUUUUCUUCGGAUUGUUGCUGGUUCGCUUCUUCCGUGGUUCGGAGAAUGGGCGGCAGAAACGUGAUCUCGGACGAAGAAGAUGAAUUUGAGGAUGUGGUCCGUGGCCGUGAAGCAGGAGACGAGGUUGAUGCAAGGGAUGAUGAAGAGGAUGAUGAAGAGGAGGAAGAAGAAGGGCAAGAUGAAUAUGAGAAGGAUGGGUUCAUUGUUGAUGAUGUAGAAGAAGAAGAAGAACAGGAAGAAGAGGAGGAGGACCAGGAGGAGUUAAGGUCCAAAAAGAAGAAAAGAAGGAAAAGGGAGACUGAGGAAAACUAUGAACUCGAUGAAGAUGACUAUGAGUUGCUUCAGGAGGCCAAUGUUACAGGAUUCCAUCGACCCAAGCCUGGCAGCAAAAAGUUUAAAAGACUAAAAAAAGCUGGUCGGAACAAUGACCAUGAAGAGGGAUCUGGCUUUACUGAUGAUGAAGAGAUCAAUGAAAUUGACCGGAGUGGUCGUACUGCUGAAGAAAAACUGAAGCGCAGCUUGUUUGGUGAUGAUGAAGGGGUGCCACAAGAUAUUGCUGAAGAGGAGGAACUGCAAGAAGAUGUGGAAGAAGAAGAAGAUAUUGGUGAAGAGGAUGAAAUGGCUGAUUUUAUUGUUGACGAGGAAGAAGUUGAUGAGAAUGGAGUUGUUAUGAGAAAGAGGAGGCCAAAAAAGAAGAUUUUAAGACAGGCUCCUGGAGUAUCAUCAUCUGCACUACAAGAAGCUCAUGAUAUAUUUGGUGAUGUCGAUGAGCUUCUUUUGCUUCGCAAGCAAGGCCUUAAAAAGGGUGGCGGUUAUGAUGAUUCUGGUGAUUGGAGAGAGAAAAGACUUGAGGAUGAGUUUGAACCUAGUGUUAUCAAGGAGAAGUAUUUGUCAGAGAAAGACAAUCAGAUCCGUGACAAGGAUAUGCCUGAGAGGAUUCAGUUAUUUGAAGAAAUGGUUGGUCCUAUUCCUGAAGAUGAUGAGAGUAUACAGGCGGAGGCAACUUGGAUUUUCAACCAGCUAAGUGGCUCUGCAAUGUUGCGUCUGUUUGGAGAGCAUGCUGCAGUCCCGGAGAUUGACAGGGAGGACAUUGCCAAUGUCCUGGGAAUGCUGCACGUUCAGAAGUUUGAGAUUCCUUUUAUUGCAAUGUAUCGAAAAGAGCUAUGUCUCAGCUUGUUAAGAGAUCCAGUUCAGGAUGCUGCAGCAGGUGAAGACAAUAAACGCCAUGUGAAGUGGCAUAAGUUGCUCUGGGCUGUGCAUAACUUGGAUAAAAAGUGGCUUCUUCUUCAGAAGAGGAAGAAUUCUCUGCAGUUAUAUUACAAAAAACGAGCAUCUGAGGAAGCGAACAUUGAUGUGUCCAAAAAGAAACUUCUUGAGUCGCUUGUUGAUAUGCUUAAGAAUGCUGACUCCGAGAGAGUAGUUGAUGACAUUGAUCUGAAGUUUAACUUGCACUUUCCUCCUGAUGAAGUGGAUGCAGAGGAGGGACAAUUCAAACGACCAAAGAGAAAAUCCCUCUACAGUAUUUGUCGUAAGGCUGGACUAGGUGAUGCAGCAGGCAUGUUUGGGCUCAGUCCUGAAAAGUUCGGAAAACUUCUUGGACUGGAGGAGAUGGGUGAGCAAGUGGUUGAUGCUAGGGAAACACCUGAGGAAGUUGCACUAAAAUUUCAAUCCAGAGAGUUUGAGACUCCUCAGGAUGUCCUUAAAGGUGCCAGGCACAUGGCUGCUGUAGAGAUUAGCUGUGAGCCGUCUGUGCGGAAGCAUGUUCGUGAUCUAUAUGUUGAACAUGCUUUCAUCUCCACAAAGCCCACUCAUGAGGGGAAUGCGGUUAUCGAUUCUUUCCAUCCCCUUGCAGCUGUAAAAUGGCUACGAGAUAAACCUGUCUCUGAAUUUUGUGAUGCACAAUGGCUUCUUAUACAAAAGGCUGAAGAGGAGAAGCUUCUUCAAGUUACCAUAAGAGCUCCUGAUAUUCCAAAAUUAGAGCAUCAAUUUUAUGAGAACUAUCUUAGUGACAGCGUGAGUAGAUGUGCACAGCUUUGGAAUGAACAACGGAAAUUAGUUGUUAAGGAUGCUUUAUUUGGUUUUCUUCUUCCAUCGAUGGAAAAAGAAGCUCGAGCACUGUUGACUGCUAGAGCUAAGAGCUGGUUACUUUUGGAAUAUGGGAGUCAACUGUGGAGUAAAGUUUCAGUUGCUCCAUAUAAACGAAAAGAAAAUGAUGCCCAGGCUAAAGAUGCUGAUGAUGAGGUUGCUACUGAAGAAGAGGUUGCACCACGAGUUAUGGCCUGUUGCUGGGGUCCUGGAAAACCAGCCACGACAUUUGUGAUGUUAGAUUCAUCUGGUGAAGUUCUUGAUGUGUUGUAUACUGGUUUUCUUAGCAUUCGCUCACAGAGUGCUAACCAUCAGCAGCGCAAGAAAAUGGAUCAAGAACGUCUUUUGAAAUUCAUGACUGAACAUCACCCACAUGUUGUUGUUCUUGGAGCUGUAAACUUAUCCUGUCCGCGCCUCAAGGAUGAUAUUUUUGAGGUAAUUUUUAAAAUUGUAGAGGAUCAUCCUUAUGAUGUCGGACAUGAGGUGGAUGAGCUAAGUGUUGUUUAUGGCGAUGAAUCCUUGCCUCGUCUGUAUGAAAAUUCUAGGGUUUCUUUGGAUCAGCUGCCUGCACAGCAGGGUAUUGUAAGGCGUGCAGUUGCUCUUGGACGUUACUUGCAAAAUCCUCUGGCCAUGGUUGCAACACUUUGUGGUCCAGGAAGAGAAAUAUUAUCAUGGAAGCUUAACGUCCUGGAGAGCUACCUUACUCCUGAUGAGAAGUAUGAGAUGAUUGAGCAGGUGUUAGUAGAUGUAACCAACCAAGUGGGUAUUGAUGUGAAUUUGGCUGCUUGUCAUGAAUGGCUUUUUGCUCCACUUCAAUUUGUCUCAGGCCUUGGUCCCAGAAAGGCAUCCUCAUUACAGCGUGCUGUUGUAGGAGCUGGUAGAAUAUACAGCAGAAAAGAGAUUCCAAUGAAUUUGGGAGUCCUUAAGCGUAAUGUGUUCAUGAAUGCUGCUGGCUUUUUGCGGGUCCGAGGCAGCGGCCAAGCUGCUCUUGGAAAUCAUGUGUUGGACUUGCUAGAUGAUACUAGAAUUCACCCAGAAUCAUAUGAUCUUGCACGGAAAAUGGCGAAGGAUGUCUAUGCAGAAGAUGUGGGCCAGGAUAUUAAUGAUUUGGAUGAAGACGCCCAGGAAAUGGCAAUUGAGCAAGUUAGGGGUAGUGUAAAUUUGAAAAGACUUGAUAUUGAUGCAUACAGUGGAAGCAUCGAGUUGCACCUUGGGACCAGCAAAAGAGAGACUCUUUAUGAUAUAAAAAUGGAGUUGCUACAUGGGUUCACAGAUUGGCGAGCCCCUUAUUCGGAACCAACUCAGGAUGAGGAAUUUUAUAUGAUCUCUGGUGAAACUCCAGAGACUCUUGCUGAAGGAAGACUUGUGCAAGCAACAGUUCGCAGAGUACAGGGGCAACGAAUUUUUUGUGAGCUUGAAUCGGGUUUGAUGGGCUUGAUUUCAAAGGAAGAUUUCUCAGAUGAGCGGGACUUUGAACUAACUGAGAGGGUAGCUGAGGGUAGUAUAGUCACAUGCAAAAUUAAAUUCAUCCGGAAGGAUAGACACCAAGUUAUCCUAACCUGCAAAGGAAGUGACUUAAGGAACAACCGGUUGCAAAGCAAGCAACCAAAGGACCCAUAUUAUGCGGAAGAUGAAAGCAGUCUCCAGAAUGAUCUGGAGAAAGCUCGCAAGGAGAAGGAGCUUGCAAAGAAAUCAUUCAAACCAAGAAUGAUAGUUCAUCCCCGUUUCCAAAAUGUUACAGCUGAUGAAGCUAUUUCGUUCCUUGCUGACAAGGAAGCUGGUGAAAGCAUUGUCCGCCCUAGUUCUAGGGGUCCUCAAUAUUUGACAUUGACUUUGAAAGUCCAUGAUGGAGUUUAUGCUCAUAAGGACAUUAUUGAAGGUGACAAAGACCAAAAGGAUAUUACUAGCCUUCUUCGUCUUGGGAAAACACUGAAAAUUGGUGAAGAUACUUUUGAAGACCUGGAUGAGGUCAUGGAUAGGUAUGUUGACCCUCUUGUAGCCAACCUUAGAGUGAUGCUUGGUUACCGCAAAUUCAGGAGGGGAUCCAAGGCAGAAGUUGAUGAAGAUUUGAAGCAUGAGAAGGCUGCAAACCCCAUGCGGAUAGUAUAUUCUUUUGGGGUUUCACAUGAGCACCCAGGCACCUUCAUUUUAUCUUAUAUACGCAGCAGCAAUCCUCAUCAUGAAUACAUUGGUCUCUAUCCGAAGGGUUUCAAGUUCAGGUCGAAGAUGUUUGAGAGUCUAGAUAGGUUAGUGGCAUACUUUCAGAGGCAUAUUGAUGACCUGCAGCAUUCUUCUGUUCCACCUAUUCGUUCAGUAGCUGCAAUGGUUCCGUUGAGAAGCCCAGCAAGUGGUGGAGGUUCAGUUGGCAGCGGUUGGGGUGGGUCAACAACCAGCAGUGGGGAUGGUUGGAGGACACGAGGUCAUUCCGAUAGGGAUAGAUCUGCAACACCUGCUUCAAGAACAGGAAGAGGUGAUUACAGAAAUGGAAAUGCUCGAGAUGGGCAUCCGAGUGGAUUGCCGAGACCAUAUGGGAAUGACCGAGGACGUGGUGGAAGGGGAGGCAGGGGGCACCGUGAUGGACAGGAUUCUUUUACUUCCAACUGGGGUCAAAGCUCAGAUUCGAAGGAUGGUGGUGGUGGUGGUGGUGCUUGGGGGGGAAGCUUCGGUGGAACAAAUGCUCCAAAGUCUCCUUCUAGAGGUGAUGCGCCUGGAACUUGGGGUAGCAGUGGGGCCUGGGGCAGCGGAGGUGGCGAGUGGGAGGCUACUAAAAACCCAUCAGCUCCUGAUGUUGGCGAUGCAGGUUGGGAGGCUACUAAAAAGUUGGACGCCUUGGCUGUAUCUGAUCCACCCCAAGGCAUGCAGAAUGGUAGCAAUGGCGGUGGUGCAGGUGGCUGGGGUGCGAGCGGUGGAAGAUGGGCUGGAGAUCCUGAUGUGCCUGGUGGAUGGUGAAAAUGCUGGAAUCAUCGGCGUCUACCGGAAAAUCUUCUGCCAGAGCAAUAGGGGCUCUCCUUAAUUGAUCCCCCCUGCUGUUUGGCACCAUAAGUGUUGUAGGGCAAAAGCCUUCCCUCCCCUCGUGCAUGUGGAUACAACUUUCUUGGGAGUUUCCUUUUUUUGUUUAUAUGGAAAAUUUUCAUUUUUGUCCCUCCAUAUGAUGGUAAAUAUUCUAAUCUCUUGUUGAAAUGUAAAAUACCAGCUUGAAUGCUGUAAUUUA